UUUGGUUCUUUUGGCCAUUCAUCAGCAACAAACACCGAAAACAGAUAUGCUUCCAAAGCUUCUACUCGUUUUUGUGCGAAAUUUUGAUAGAGAUUUCGGGGCUCUAAAGAAAUCUGGCCUUCGUCUCUCUUGCGACAAAUAUAUGAUUUAAAUCUCCACUCUGAAUUGGGCAGUGGACUGCGUGCAGCAACUCACUAGCAGACUAAGAACCGGAGAAAGGCAUCAGUUGUGAUCUGGAUGUGGUCAUGAGCCAUUUCCGAUGUGUAGCAAAGCACCCAACAAUUUCUCUAGUAGGAUCAUCCUGCACAAGCGUCCGACAAAUCAACCAAGUCCACACCCAACUCCUCAUCACUGGCCUCCUCGACGACCCUUUCCUCCAUGCUCAAUUCGUCGCCUCCAUUGCCCUCAAACACCCCAACCUUCUCGAUUAUUCCACUCGAGCCCUCGACCAAAACCCCAACCCCACUGUCUUCGCCUUCAACUCCUUGAUCAGAGCUCACUCCAAGAGCCCAAACCCUCAAAAAAGCUUCCAACUGUACAACAGGCUGUUAAAAUUGGGUCACAACCCGUACCCGGAUAACUACACAUUCACUUUCUUGGUUCGCACGUGCGCACAGUUGUUAGAUUGCGAAGCAAGUAGGGCAGUCCAUGCGUGUGUUCUGAAACGUGGGUUUGAAACCGACCCACACAUCCAGAGCGGGUUGAUUUACAUGUAUGCUGAAAUGGGUUUUUUGGGUUGUGCAUGUAAGGUGUUUGAUGGAAUUCCCCAGCCUGAUUUGGUGACCUUGACUGCCAUGGUGGCUGCUUGUGCUAAAUUGGGUCAUGUUGGUCUUGCACGGGGGUUGUUUGAUAGUAUGCCUGAGAAGGACCCCGUUGCAUGGAACGCAAUGAUAUCCGGGUAUGCGCAGUGCGGGCAAUCAAGGGAGGCGUUGAAUAUGUUUAACCUGAUGCAAAUGGAAGGAGUGAGGAUUAAUGAGGUGACAUUGGUUUCGGUUUUGUCCGCGUGCUCUCACUUGGGUGCCCUGGAUCAAGGGAGAUGGGCACAUGCUUAUAUAGGGAGAAAGAAAAUCACAGUUACUGUCGCCCUAGGGACUGCGCUCAUUGACAUGUACGCGAAAUGUGGGGAUGUGAACAAGGCAAUGGAAGUCUUUUGGGGAAUGAGAGAAAAGAAUGUAUAUACAUGGAGUAGUGCCAUGGGAGGGCUAGCAAUGAAUGGAUUGGGGCAUGAGUGUCUCGAGCUUUUUGCCCUUAUGAAACAAGAAAGAGUUUUGCCAAAUGAGGUCACGUUUGUGUCUAUUUUGAGGGGUUGUAGCAUCGCGGGACUAGUUGAGGAAGGUCGGAUGCAUUUCUACUCGAUGAGAAAAGAAUUCGGGCUUGAGCCUCUUUUUGAACAUUAUGGUUGCAUGGUUGAUUUGUAUGGCCGAGUUGGGAGCCUAAAUGAAGCCUUGGACUUCAUAAACAAAAUGCCUGUGAAGCCUCAUGCCGGAGCUUGGGGAGCUUUGCUCAAUGCUUGUAGAAUCCAUAAAAACACGAAAUUAGGUGAACUUGCGUCAAGAAAGAUAGUAGAGCUAGAAUCCAAGAACCAUGGAGCUUAUGUGCUUUUGUCAAACAUUUAUGCUGAUUCAAAGAACUGGGAUAGAGUUAGUAACGUGAGGCAAACGAUGAAGGCCAAAGGUGUCAGAAAACUCCCUGGUUGUAGCAUUAUAGAAGUCAACGGAGAAGUUCAUGAGUUUGUCGUUGGGGAUAAGUCCCAUCCUAGGUAUGGCGAAAUUGAGGCGAAGUUGGAGGAGAUAUCUAAGAGGCUCAAAUCAUCCGGAUAUGUGGCUGACACUUUUCCAGUUCUAUUCGACUUAGAAGAGGAAGAGAAAGAGGAUGCUUUGUGCCAACAUAGUGAGAGAAUUGCCAUUGCUUUUGGACUGAUCAGUCUAAAGGAAGGUGUACCGAUAAGGAUUGUGAAGAACAUCCGUGUAUGUUGGGAUUGUCAUGCUGUAACAGCAGUAAUAUCUGAAAUUUAUAACAGAGAGAUUAUAGUUAGGGAUAGGAAUAGAUUUCAUCAUUACAAAGAUGGGGCUUGUUCUUGCAAGGGUUAUUGGUGAACUGAAUCCAUGUUCAAUAAGAUUGAAAUGGGGGAACCGCUUCAUAUGAUUGACAUUGUCCUAAAAGCCGCAGACAUUAUGGUGCACGAGCAAGGGUCUAUUUCAGUCCUCCCAAGGUUACUGUUUCAACCCGUGGACUCAUCCCCCAGAUAAAACGUUUCCUUCAGAGGUUUAAUUGUUAUUUAGCAGUUAGCUUGGAUGCAACCGCUGAUGAGGUACUUCUUGUCUAGCCUUAUUUGAUAGGGCAUGUAGAUGUAGGGGACAAAAAAAAGGAGUGAGAAGAUUGAUCAUUAUCGAAAAUAUGAAUGCAAGGUUAGACACUAGAUCAUGCCAAUUAACCGGAAUAGAGUGAAAACUAUGUUGUUAAUGUCGUUCAAUCUCUGUUUCUACAAUCUUCCAGUUAUUAUCUCCAUCCCAUUCAGUUUUACAUAUUACUUGGAAUGGUUCACAAAUUUGCAUACGAGUAGCACAGAUCGAUUGUUAUCUGCCUUCUCUUCUUUUGAGGUGAGUUAAUUUUGAGCCCCAUUCCUGGCCACCACUUUCAUAAUGGCUGUACUGAACAAGCAGAUUCUGAUUAUCAGAUUUUACAAUGAAAACCACAAUAUCACUGCUUUAUUAGGA